AUGAAAAAUUCUAAAGUAUUUCUAAGAAUUUUAAAUAAUACUAAUAGUAUCAAUAAUAAAGUUAUUUACAAUAAUUUUAUUUUAAAGAGUAUAAAUAAUUUUAAAGUUAAUAAUAUUAACAAUAAUGAUAAAUCAUUUUCAAUUAAAUCAUUAUCAUCACAAUCUAUAAUAUCAAAUAAUUACACUAAUAUUAAAUAUAAUAAAUCAUUUUUUUCAACUCAAAUAAAUGAAAAUAAAGAUUUAAAAAAAGAUACUGAAGUUAAAAAAGAUACUGAAGAAGUUAAACCAGAAGAAACUAAACAAGAACAAAAUGUAGAGGGUAAAAAAGAGGAAAUUAAACAAGAAGAAAUUAAAAAAGAGGAAACCAAACAAGAAGAAACCAAACAAGAAGAAACUAAACAAGAAGAAACUAAACAAGAAGAAAACAAACAAGAAGAAAACAAUAAUAAUAAUAAUAAUAACAAAGAAGAAAAACCAAAAACAUUAAAGGAAAAAAUUAUUUCAAAAACUAAAUGGACAUUAAUUAUUGGUAGCAUUGUUGGUAGUAUUGGAUUUUUAUUUUAUGAAUCAUAUUUAAGAAAUACAUUACCAUAUAGAAUGACAAUGAAUUAUCUUGAUAAAGAUGAUGUAGUUUUAAAAAAUUUUGGUGGUCACAUUACUGGUAUCAAGUGGUAUAAAUGUUUUACUAAUCCAAUUUUUGGAUGGGUUCAAAAUGAAGAAGGUGGUAUGGCAUCUUGGACAUAUUUAAGAAUUCCAAUUACACGUUAUGUUGCUCCACCACUUCCAAAAUCAAAAGAAGGUGAACCAGAAAUUAUCCCAAUUUCAUUACCAGAAGAUGCAAUUUUCAAGGGUCAUGAUAGAGGAGCUCAAGUUGGUAUUGUUUAUGUUAAAAUGGUUAAAAGAUCACCAAACUUUUAUGAUUGGGUUUUCGAAGAUCUUCAAGUACAUUGUGACAAUAAUCAAAUUAUUAAAGUAGUAGAUUCCGAAAAAAAUAAAAUUAUAAUCGAUUAUAAAAGAAGAAAAUAA